AUGUCUGUUUAUCAAAGACCCUCAACGCCACUCUCGGCUCCCACUUCGCCCAUACAAAUUUCUUUUCAGAACAAAUCACAACAAAAUGUAAUCAAGUCCAAGAGCUCUUCAAUCUUUCUCAACGUGCCCCAAGCAUUCUCAACUGGAGGCAUCAUCACGCCGCCGGAAACUCCGGCAACAAAACAACAGCACGCCACAAACGACUCGUACGCCACCUUAAUCAACUGCCCCAUCUCCAAAGCCAGCUUCCUCCUCGCCCAGGCCUCCCUGGCAACGGCGCUGGCCGGACGUACGUCAUCGUCGACAGAAUUCAAGUUCCGGGACCCCGAGGCCUUCGGAGCGGAGGCGGGGACGGAGACACGAACACGAACACUCCGUUUCGGCACGGGCCUCGAUGGGUGCUUUACCAGCACCAGGGGCUUCCUUGGAAGCCAAGCAAUGCCCCCAACCAACGUCAUCAACCCUAGUAUUCGUAAUUCUUCAAGGAGCUUGGGCCAAAUCCAGCGCUUGCCUGCGUCCUUGAAGGCGUGGGAGGUGGUUCAUGGAAACUUGCCGCGCUUGCUUCGAGCACGGCGAGUACGUCAUGCUGUUGACGGCCUGCGCGAGCGCGGCCUGUCUGCAGAUGGCAGAGACGCGUGGGAUGACUUGGAACAGCGUCAUUUGGCGCGAGCGGCACUCGUGUUGAGCGCGCUGGCCCACGCUUACAUGUUUGGCGAGGAGCAGGAUAAGAGCAAGGAGUGUGAAGGACGAUCACAAGUACCGCGCCAUGUUCUCGAUCCAUGGGAGAGAGUUUGCAAGGCCUUGGGGAGAAAGCUCACCGGGCGGGUGCCCGCCGACGACGUCCUCAACAACGCCAUGGGGAAUGCUGCUUUCAACCUAAGCAGCGCUUACUUUGGCCUCCCAGAGGAGCGUCUCUCCUCAGGUCUCCAAGGCACAAUGGAGGGCAUCUUUGCGCCCGCCCUCUCAGCCAUGGCCCUCGCGCAGAGCGGUGUGCUAGCCGACCACCCAGACCAAGUGACACACUGCCUCGAAAGCCUGGCGGCUACCAUUGUUCAAUGCGCCAACGUCUUCGAGGCCAUGAGUCUCCGUGAUGCGGCAAAUUUUGACCCCGUCGUCUGGAUCAAGACGUACCCAGCAAUGGGCCGCGCCGUGACGCCCGGCGAGCUGGGCAACAGCGGCGCCGACACGCCGCUCUUCCAUGCGCUUGAUGUCUUCAUCGGCCGUCAGGAUGUCAAGGGCGACUUGACCAAGAUGCAGAGCGACCGCAAGGCCACGCUGCCUGCCAACAUCCGCGCCUUUCUGGAUGCCCUCGGCGACAGAGCAGCGAGCGUGAGAGACUACGUCGCCGCGUGUGCUGCCCGUGCUCCACAGGGUGUGUCCUCAGAAGAGCAGUCGCAAUACCGCCAUCUCGAGGCGGCGUGGGACGGGCUUCUUCAGAUGUACGUCUGGUUCCUCGAGCGGCACCGCGUCAAGGCCAUUGGCGUCACGGGCGUGUCGCUGAACACGGGGCGACACUCGACGAGCAGCGGCGUCAAGAGCACCGACCAGUGCAAGCAUGCCGGCUCGUCGUCAGCAGAACAAGGGAAGGGAAAGCCAAAGAUGCGACCCGAAGCUAUGCUCAGCAUGCAGAUGAAGGCUGGCAUGGCGUCGCGACUUGGCGGUCGGCCUCUGUGGCAGGAUGCACGUAUCCAGUCGCAGACGGCGUACGAGGGCAGCACGGUGGUCGAAGUGAAGUUGGAUGCUAAGUUGCCGCUCGAGGCAGGCGAUCGAGUGCAGAUCUGGCCGCCGAGGAAGAGGAGAAUCCUCAACCGGACUACUUCGCAACAGCGGAGGUUGAGGGCCUCUACCCCUCCAGACGAUCAUGACGCGCCGUCAGAUGAAAGCGUCGAAGAUGGUGAUGGCGAUGAAGCUGAACCGAGAUUCUACUCCAUCGCUCGUGUGGCGAAAGACUCUACUAGAGAGGGAGGCAUGACCAUCACUUUGACAGUCAGUCAACACUCACCCGAGGGCAUCGUCUCCUCGUUUUUGAGCAAUGCAGCUCAAGGCACACAUUUGCGUCUUCGCCCAUGGCCUAGUCUGCGUUUUCGCCAGCCACACGACCUUUCUGUGCCUUUGGUCUUGAUCGGCCAAGGUAGCGGCAUCGGACCCUUGGUGGGCUUCCUCCACGAGCGGGCGGCAUGGGCUCAGCAGCGUCGGGAUAGCACCGGCGACGUGGGCGAGCUGCUUCUCGUAAUCGCAGCCAAAACACGCCGCCAUAUCCCCUGCUCACUCAAUAGCCUGGAACAUCUUACCAGAAUCUUGCCGUUGACUAUCACCCUGGCUCUCAGUCAGGAGUCACAUCACUUCAGGAUCCGCGGUGGGAUUCGGACUCAGCUUCCCGAGGAAGCACGACGCCUGACGCGCCAUUUGGUAGAGCACCGGGACUCCAUCCAUCAUCUCGUCAAGGAUGAUGGCGGUCACGUCUUCGUCUGUGGUAGCUCCGACUUUGGAGCUACGGUGACAAGCAGUCUCGAGCUAGGCCAACCGCAGCAAGAGGACCAAGGUGUGCACUGCUUCGACGCCAACAACUACACGGAUAUCCCAUCACCUCCCGCCCACUGGGACAGACUCCAUCAAGAUCUCUUUACCACCGUGAAAAGACCAUCUAAGCCACAGUCACCAGCUUACCCUUCUACUACCUCGUCCUCCCUCCCCAUCAUCACCCCCUCCGAGCUUGCAGCCCACAACUCAAUCACCUCAAGCUGGGCCGCCAUCGACGGCACAGUCUACGACCUGACGCCCUUCCUCACCAUCCACCCAGGCGGCCCAAAGACUCUCCUCGAGUCAGCGGGCACCAUCGCCGAUGUUCGCUUCGCCGAGACGCACGGCGGACCGCACGCACAAGAAAUCAGGGGCUAUCUGCAGCAGUACGCCAUUGGGCGUCUACCUCCAGCCAAAUGUCCCAGAGAUCUCAGUACGCUUCAGGUCACGGCCGCGAAACUGACGGAUGCGCUGGUGAGGAUGCAAAACGCACUUACCAACAAUACGGCGUUUGACGCGAGCCGCGGAUCUGUGCCCGUUUAUGUGUACGAGGAUGCCCUGCUUGUAUUUGCUGACGGCUUGGACGGCGUGAUGGCCAUCCUUUCGGACGUCAUCACAAAUGACGCGACCGGAGACGCCUCAGAGCUGAAAGAAACCGUAUCCAAGACACAAACGCUGUUGAGAAAGGCAUUUUCCGACCUGAAAGACGGCUGUAAGCGUUACAUGCAAGCCGCCGGCUCUAAUGGCUCUGACUCCUUGCUCGACGAGAGUGAGGGUUUGAUCCAGAGGUUGCACAAGGAGCCUAUCAACAAGAUCCAUGAGGCUAUCAACGCUUGUAAGAAGGGUCUGGGUGAGAUUGAGUCUCUAGCUUCCGCAGAAGCGAAUAGCAGCAUCGACAUCAGCGAUAAUCUGCUUCGUGUCAUCUCCCUGGCCGAGGAAACCGGCACCGCGGAUUUGGAGCAACGGACCACCUGCCGUGAGGAGAACAUUUACGCAACGCACUCUGCGAUGCCUAGCGUUGAUCUUUGA